CUCCUAUCCUUUUCUCUCCCCACUUUUUUAUUCUUCUCUUCCACUCCUGUCCUUUCCUGCGACUUUGUCACCAUGUUGCGCACCCUUACUCUUUCCAAGCCUUUGGCCGCCACCCUAAGCAAGGUGAGCCUCAUUCUACACGAUUCAUCUUGAUCACAAACAUUACGCUUUUCCAUCUCUUCUUGAUGUUUCAAAAAAAAGAACAACAUUCAGUGUCGACUAACAUUGAGAUCACAACAUUUGUCACAAUAGAUGGGCCCUCGUGCCAUGAGCACUUCUGCCUCCACCAUUGUGCCUCAGGGUCAGGACAUUCCAAACUCGAAGCUUGGAGGCCGCUACACUGUCACUCUGAUCCCUGGUGAUGGUAUCGGUCAGGAAACUGCCUCGGCUGUCAAGACCAUCUUCAAGGCUGCCAAUGUGCCUGUUGACUGGGAGCAAUUUGAUGUCUCUGGGUAUACUUCUGCUGAUGAUACCACUUUUAAGCAGUCGGUCGAAUCCCUUAGACGCAAUAAGGUCGGUCUUAAGGGAAUCCUCUAUACGCCUGUCUCCUCCUUGGGCCACUCCUCCUUCAACGUCACGAUCCGCAAAGAUCUGGAUAUGUAUGCUUCUCUGGUUCUCUGCAAGAACAUUCCUGGCUAUCCCACCCGCCACGAAGGAGUUGACUUCGCCAUCAUUCGUGAGAAUACUGAGGGCGAAUACUCUGGUCUCGAACACCAGUCGUACCCUGGAGUUGUCGAGUCCCUCAAGGUUAUCACUCGCACGAAAUCAGAGCGCAUUGCUCGCUUUGCCUUCGAUUUUGCCCUCCGCAAUGGCCGCAAGAAGGUUACCUGCAUUCACAAGGCCAAUAUCAUGAAGUUGGCUGAUGGUCUCUUCCUCAAGACCUGUCGUGAAGUCUCCAAGGAGUAUGCCAGCUCCGGAAUCAAGUUUGAGGAUAUGAUUGUCGACAAUGCUUCUAUGCAGUUGGUCUCUAAACCUCAACAAUUUGAUGUCAUGGUUAUGCCUAACCUGUAUGGAAAUAUCGUCUCUAAUGUUGGUGCCGGUCUUGUUGGCGGUCCGGGUAUUGUUCCCGGCUGCAACAUCGGCCGCGAGUAUGCCAUGUUUGAGCCUGGCUGCCGUCACGUCGGAAAGGACAUCCAGGGACGCAAUACUGCUAACCCCUCAGCCAUGGUUCUCUCAUCGGUCAUGAUGCUUCGUCACCUCGGUCUCGAUGAUUAUGCUAACAAGAUUGCUAACGCCGUUUCCAAGACUAUUUUGAGCGGCGCUGUCAAGACUCCUGAUAUGGGUGGUUCCAACACUACCACCGAUUUUACCUUCGCUAUCAUCUCUAACUUGUAAAACAUUUGCUAUUCAUUUAUUACACUCCUAAAACUUAUCCAGAAUUGUUUUCACGCUCUCCUCUCAUGUCAUAAUAAAGCCCUCAUUUGAACCAUACAUGCUCUCUUCAUCCAAGAAUCUUCGCUAAGCUGAUCACUGAGCCAAACUUUGGUAAUUCCGCUGCGAAGUUUACAUCUACAACUUCCACUGGGCAAUGUUGCUUGUUGAAUUUGACUAAAAGAAAAAAUACUCGACCUGACAGUAGGAUAAGAGAUACCGUCUCACUCUCUAAACCAUAGUGUAAUUGCAAAUAAAGGUCUGGUUUGCUGACAUUAA